UCCUUCCAGCCGGCGAGAGAAGAGGCUUCACAUUCAGUGGUGAGGAAUGGCGACGGAUGCAAUGGAUAGCAUGUCGAUGUCCGAAACGGAUGAUCAGGGCUUUUCACAGCCACCCAAAGCUGCUUUGCUUUUGGUUAUUGGAGAACCCCUUUCCGAUGAACACAGGAAUUUGAUUUUGGCCGAAAUCACGACAGGAUUCAAAUGCUGGGACACUGAAACCACUGGGAUUGAUAUCAAUGAGGAGCUUGCACAGAUAGCCAACAGGGCUUCACUGGGAGAGGAAGGGCCCAAUGCAGCUGACGAUGCAGGGAAGGUAAAGGGAGGGGAGAGGACAAUCCGCCACCGCUCCGACAAUGUUGCUGUGGAGAUCUUGGUAAACCCACAGGCCCAGACAGUCCGCCGAUGCCUGAAAGGCUUCCUGAAGGUUGCCUGUCAGCUCAAGUUUCUCUUGUAUGCUGGACAUGCCUUCCAGGGAUCUGGAGCUUGGGUCCUGCAAGAUGAUGUCUUCACCUUCAGCAACUUUGUCCACAUCUUCAAAGAUACUGAUGUGGAAAAUGCCUUGAAACAACAAGAGGAUGUAAACCUAGUGUUUUACAGCCUGGCAGAUGGUGACUGGAGUGCCAGUAUCAAUAAACAGGACUUUUCUAAGAUUUUAAAGAUCAAGGUGAACCCACCCCAGAAGUUAGACAGUGUCCAUGGAGUCCUUCAGUUUACUGCCUAUGUUAGUAGCUUUGUUAAGGCUCAGAGUCUCAACAGUUUGCUGUCUUCAUCUGAUGUUGUUGGUAACAUUAGGUUCAAUAAACCCACUCUGUACAUAUUCCCUGGUUGUCAAGGAGACUCUGCUCUCUUUGGUAUCAGUGGAUUCAGUCUCCUUGUCAAUGGAGGAUACAACAGAAAAGCCUGUUUUUGGGAUUUCACUCGACACUUGGAUAGGAUAGAUGCAGUGUUGUUAACCCAUUUGGGGACUGAUAAUUUGUUCGGGCUUGGGUCAGUUUUGCAAAGAAAGAGUGUUGAGAACGUACAUCCAGAAAUAGGCUUUAUGUAUCUGAAUUCCAGUGAGAAGACUAGGUCCUCACCUGCACCCAGUGUUGAGAAUCUUAAAGACAAAGAUCCUAGUUUGUUAAUCAAUUUGGCUGAAGAAGGCAAUCGAAUCAUUGAGUACUCUAAGCAGUUGGGCCAGUUCCCACACCCAUGUUCACGUAGUGUGACCGGCCAGCAGCAGGAUCCAGUCAAUCUCUACCAUAAAGUAGGUCAUGGCUCCCUUGAUAUGUUCAUCCUGAACCCAGUCCAAGACAGCAAAGAGCUUAAAGAGUUCUACCAGCAGUGGAAUAAACAGGUCAGCAACUUUGGUAGCAACCAACAAUUCCCCCUGCCCAAUAUGUUGUCCAUCUGUGCCCUGCUGGUGUGGAGGCCUGCUAAUCCUACUGAGAAAAUCACCAGAAUCUUUUUCCCAGGAAAUGCACCACAGAACAAAAUCAUUGAGGGUCUAGAAAGGAUAAAGCAUCUGAAUUUCCUGAAACAUCCAAGCUGCUGUCAGAAGGAUCUAAAUCAGCCACCAAAGAAAGCCACUGGAGGUGUCAGAGCAACUAAGCCUGCUGCACGUUCUACUCCUGUCAAAGCAGAAUCUCCAAGAAAGUCUGAAACCCCUAAACCAGAAAGAUCCAGACCUCUGACUAGCCCUGCUUCUAAAGGAAACAAGGUUGCUAAGGAAGAUACCAAUAAAAAGACUGCCAAGUCAAAGGAUGUGAAAAAGGAUGAUAAGGAGAAAGAAAAGGCAGACAAAGCAAAAUCAUCAACUUCAUCCAGCCCCUCAAAGAGCUCAGUCAAGAGUGCCAGCUCUCCUUCUAAGAGCCCAGUGGAACCAAUUGCUCCUGUUGCAGCUGCCCUUGUGGAUACAUCACCACAAGAAGGUAGUCUGAUUGACACAUCUGUCCCAGUAGAGCCUUUGGUCAACCAUAUCAAUGGAGAUGCUGCAGUACCAGAACCCAAGCCUGAGGUUGAUGAGACGCCUUUAAUGAAGCCAGAGCAAAUUGAAGCACUUCAAUCAGAAGUUAGAGAAUCUGAUUCACCUGAACCUCUGCCUAACCCAGUUCAGUAUGAAGCAGAGCCAGUCAACUCUGUCCCUGAAACAACACCGGUUGAUGCCCAACCUCCAUAUGACAGACAGAAACUGGCUGAAUUAGGCAUCUAUGAUGAUGAUGAUGACGAAACUGAAGAGGCUAAUGGAUCGGUACCAACUGAACCUGCAACUGAAUCACCAGCAGGCACACCUGAGGAACCAGAGGAGAUUGAGCAACCACAGUCUCUGCCUGAGCCAGUUGAAGUACCUGACCAAUCCCAUUUUGUUUCCGAGCCAGAUCUUAUUCAGGAAACAACUCCACAGAAAGAGGCUUUACCAGAAGUAGAAUCUCAGGCUGAUACUGUUACAGCUGAUCCAGACAUUGUACCCAACUCUGAAGAACCCGUGGUACAAGAUGAUACAGACCCAGCAGAAGAAAUCCCAUCUUCACCAGAACCAACUGAAGAGCUACAAGGAUUUUCCUUUUCCAAAGGUGCAGACAGCCCCCUGGAACCAACUCCACAGUUCACUCAAGAGCCAGAUGUUGUUCCUGUUAUGCAAGGCCAAAAUGCUUCUCUUGAACAGAGCAUACAGUAUGGUAUCACUGAUGACAAUGGAAGACAUAUGGGAGGCAUCAAGGAAGAAGAGGAGGAUGAAGAGUCAGGGCGGGAUUCUGAAGAAAAGCAGCUUGCAGAAGAUCCAUCCCGAGAAGAAUCACUUGAGCUAGAAAGGAACCCAACUCCAGAGCCUGCUGAUAAAUUGCCUGAUCCAGUGAGAGAGUCCCCUGAGCCAGUUGAACCGUCCCCCGAACCAGUUGAACAGUCCCCCGAACAGUCCCCUGAACAGUCCCCCGAACAGUCCCCUGAACAGUCCCCCGAACAGACCCCUGAACAGUCCCCCGAACAGUCCCCUGAACAGUCACCUGUACAGUCACCUGUACAGUCUCCUGAACCAGUUGGGCAAACAUUAGAACCUGUUCAUUCCUCUCCAGAACCAGAAGAAGCAGAAGAGAAAGUAGAGGACCAUUUUGAAGAGAGACAGGAAGAACAGGUUGUACCUGUUGCAGAAGAAAAACCUAACAUUGAUAAACAAUCCAUCGAAGAGAUGGGGAUCUAUGAUGAGGAGGAGGAAGAUGACAUGGACCAAGCUGAAGAGAGGGAUCCAGAUGCCUUUGUGUAUGAGAAAGAUGUUGAUCUAGGAGAUGAAGAGGGACCACAAGAAACCAGAGGAUCAAGUGAGGAGCAGGAGACCGAGGUGUCUGGGUUUGAAAAGGAAAUCCUAACAGGUAUUGUUGAUCAAGCACCACCUGCAGGGAGUAUUCCUGUUGAUGAGAGAUAUGCAGAUUUUGAUCAGCAAGAAGCAUCCAGGGCAUCAGAAUCACCAGAGAAAGAAGCUGAUGGAGUUCAAAGGGUUGAGGAGAGUCCAGAACAUGAUGAAUUUCAGAGAGAUAGCAUUGAAAGGGAACAGGAGCAGCAGGAGUCCUCCAACAUCCCAGAAGCAUUUGAAAAGGAUGAAACACCAACACCUGGUGAGAGUUUGUCCUUUGACAAUCAAACAGGUGAUCAACAAUCAUUAGCAACUGACUCAGCAGUAGCUAGUGACAUACAGGAUGACAGCAAUAUCAGAGAUGACACUGAUUCAAUUGAUGGUGGAACUCCAGAUGAUGAUAAAGAUAUUGAUGAGUCCUUUGCAAAAGAGUGUAAUUCACAGAAGAGUGAAGAUGCAGUUGUUAAUGGAUCAUCUGAUCAGGACUUAAUUAGUGUGGAAGACCCCCCAGCCAAUAUGAGGGGCAUGGAAGCAUCAUCAAACCCCUUUGAUAGUCUAGACCAACAAGGACAGAACCCAUUUGUUGGAAUUGACGAGACCAAUCAAGCAGAACAAAUACAAGGUUCCUUGAAUCCUUUCAGCGAUCAAAGUCCAUUUGAACCAGAAAACAAGAAACAACCAGAAGGAUUUGAUCCUCUCAGUGAAUGGGGACAACCUAUGGGUCUGCCAUCCCCACCCCCACUUGAUGACAGUAAGUCAGCCAGUCCUAGCAAUGGAAAGACAACAAAAGCUUCAAAAACCACCAAGAAUGGAGUUAAGGCUGCAGAAGCUAAAAAGGCAGAUCUUUCCAAAUCUUCAACUGGAGCAAAGAAAGCCCCAGAGAAACGUCCAGCUUCAGCUACAACUAAAACCACUACUAAUAAAACAGCCAAUGGCCCCAGCAAAGCAGAACCCAAGGCUAAAACAGCACGACCAACUGAGAAAAAAGCAGAGCCUAAGAAACCUGCCCCUGCCACUACCAAAGCACCUACCCGUACUCGCCCUGCCACAGCACCUGCACGAGCUGAACCAGCAAAGACUACACGUACUGCCCCUGCCCCUUCCCGUCGUCCUGCCACUGCUACAAGCAGAUCAUCACCCUCAGGUAGUCGUGGCCCACCAUUGCCCCCUCUCACUGCCUUCUAUGUCGACCUCACUUAUAUCCCCAACCAUGGAGACCCGGCCUACAGUGAUGUAGAGUUCUUCAAGAGGAUCCGUGCUCGUUAUUAUGUCCUCAGCGCUUUGUCCCCAAAUCCUCAGAUCCUUAAUUCCUUGCUGGAAGCUAAGAAGACUUGGGAGGACAAAGACCUAGAAGUGACAGUCAUUCCAACUUAUGACAAUGAGACCCUUCGUCAUUGGAUGGGACUCCACAAGGAAGAUCUGGGACAGUUGAAGAUUGAUGUCGCCCCUUCGGCUAGUCGUUGCACCAUCCAGUUACAGGACCAUGAAACCAGCUGUUCAGCUUACAGACUUGAAUUCUAAAGCAGUUUCUUUGCAAGACUUGAAUUAGAGAUAGGAGGUUGAUGUCAGUGGGCAGACAUGACAUAAUAUGUCCGCCACGAGCGUCUGCAGUCUGGCGGGAAGUACGAGUGCCAGAUGUGAACAUGGGUGUGAGGUCCUUUUGUUCCCUUUGUUGUAUGUGACUUGCUAUGUUCAAAUUAUGUGAUCUAAAUGCUGCUGUGACACAAUAUUCCUGGCUUUUAUCUUUGCCUAAGUAUUUAAUAUAUUUAUAGCCUGUAUUGUUUGUAUUUGGUCAGCUGUAGACACCUGUCUGCCUAUGUGAGACAAUACAACAGGUUCAACAUAACAUAUUAUGCCACAAUAUAGUCAUGUUUUGCAAGAAUGGGAGCAAAGAACUGAACUGUACGAAAAAACCAGAGAUUGUUUUUAGUUCAAGACUUUAAGUGCCAUGUAGAGUUUGCUCAUUGUUUGUAUAAACCUUGCUUUAGAAGAUGCUAGCCAUUUUGAGCCAUCUAUAUGCAGAAAUGUAUAGUUUUGGAAAGUAUGUUUUGGUGCGAAACUUGGGAUGUAGGUGAAUUGUAGCCAUUUUAACCCUGGAGAUUUGAUGGUGUGACCUCAAGCUUUCUCUAAUAAUAUCUGAUUACAACGCAAAUGUCUUGUUUGUACAGACAAUAUUCUGCACAUCUGUGAUGCCUUUUUUGUAAUCUGACCAUGUCUGGGCACCAUAUGUUCAUCAUAAUCUACUCUAGUGCAACAUAGUCAAUGAUUACCCUGCAAUAUAUGCCAACAUUGCUGAGUCUGCAGUUUUAACUUCUACUUUAAUCUAUCUGUAAAAUGUUUGUCUUUUAACUUACAUACUGAAUUUCACCACACUAUUGUUAAAUACUUUCUUGUUUUACUGGCCUGAGAUGAAUGUUUGUAACCUUGGUUACUUGUCAAAGUGUAUGUUUGUGAUUGAGUAAAAGUUAACUGACUGCUAUUUAUGUUGAUCUUAAAUACAAACCUAACAUCAUUUUUAAGUGGUAAUUAACAGUGGGGAGAAAGAUAUUUACUGAAUAUGUCAUUUUUGACUUAGUGCAAAGAAAAUGUAAAUUGUGUAAAAUUCCAAACAAUGGGAAAAAUGUCCGACUACUGUUUUAUGAAGUUGUAAAAAAUAUAAAAUGUUUCUUUUCAUGUGUUUCAACAGGUUCUAUGUACUUAAUAUGCAGACACCAUUUAACCUGUCCUCUUAUUGUAAUUAUUAUUGUGACACCAAAGUCUUUCUCCUUAAUUGUCAUUCAUCUAGAAAACUAUUUGUAACAUAAGUAUUUAGUAUAUUGUAAUGUUUCAACAACUCUUUACAUCAUGUCUGGAUUGGAGAAAUUAGGAAGAAUGGUAAUAGGGAAAGUUGUCCUUUGAGUGAGGGUUUGAUUUAACUUUUUUCUCUUUUUCUUGAAAUUGAUUGAAUCAUGUAACAGCAACUGUAGAUCAGGUAUUAUAGGAGAAGACGUCUAGGUUUUCUUCUCACCUUCAACAUAGUGCAAUUACCCCUGAGUUUCAUCUAUGUGCUACUCUGCGUUAACACAUUUUAUGUGCUUCCAUUAAAUACACAUUUUGAUUACGUAAUUGUUGUUCUUCUUGAGUUGUCUCCCUUUGCACAAGUGGCAUUCAUAUUAUGUACCCUUUCAUCUAAGAUCAAGAUAUUUACAGCUAAUACAUUCAUAUUCAAGGUAUGCCAAAAGCAGUUCAGGGGUAGAAUAGUAUUAGAAUUCAGUCAGUAUUAUCUUAACUCUAAUUAUAAACAUCAAGGAAAUCAUACUGUACUGCCAGAGACAAAAUCCACAAGGGGGGAUAACUCAUAGACCAUUAUGUUUUCCUGCCUGUAUUUCAGUUUCAUUCAUGUGAAUCAAUUCCUUUGUGAAGGCUGUAGAUUUUGUUUUAUUCAUAUGUGCCAGUUUGUUUAUUUUCAUACCUCCAUGGAUAGUAAAUGUGUGAUGUACAGCUUUUUUCUGCAUUGUUGUUUUGUGUACUUUUAUUGAAUUUUUUUUCUGCAUCAGUGUAUGGCUAUUAAUGCCGGACAAAUAAAGAUGCUCUAAAAAUUA